AUGAACAAGUCACGAGUGAGUUGUGGGACAAAUUUUAGAGAAAACGCAUCGAAACUGACAGAAGAGAGUGAGCACACAAAGGCACUUUGCAUGUUCGAUGCAUUUGCUUUUCUUGCGUGCUCACUGCUCUAUCUGUCAGAUUCCGGCGCCGGUUCCAGAAGCGAUUUUCUAGAUGCAUUUGCUAAGAAGGACCAAUUCGGUAUCGUGAUCAAGAAAUCUACAUCACAUGGUGCACUUUUGGGUGAGCUAGGAAGACAAAAUCAAAGAGCCUUACACACAACUGCUGCAAGGUGUCAUCAACGGCGCUCUUGUGUGAACAAGCUACGAGAUUUCCAGAUUUUAAUAUCGUGCAUCAAUCUUGUGUCUUUGAUGAGAGGACUAUCUAAUUUUACGAGGCUUGGAUUAUUUAUGUCGAAUUAUUUGUUGCUGCCUGAUUCAAAUGGUUCAUGGGAAGUCACAGAGAUCGUGCAGUGUUUGCCAUGACCUAUUUGUAAAUCUUUUAGGAUUUAAAUAAAAAGUUAAUUGAACAAAGGCUUUUCAGUCUUUUGGAUGUAGAUUUUAGAGAUUUUGUGCUUUGUUCUACAUAUUAAUCGAAGAACGAGUCGGGGAUUAAAGAUUGUUUGACUAAUAGAUAUAAAGUGACUUGGAUCUGAAUAUGACUAUUGUUGUGCGAGUCCAUUAAACAAUACUGAUUAA